AUGCCACUACCCAAAAAAAAAAUUUCAACGUAUAAAGAUUGAUUGACUGCUUACCGCACUAUAAUCAUAUUUUUCCCUCUAAAUCCGCAAACCCAAGCCCAUCUCCAUUCUAAUAACGCGCCAAAACCCCAAUUACUCUCCACGCGCCGCCACUGCUUCUCCUUCCUAUCGUCUUCUCCGAUCGAAGAAGCCAAGGAUAUGAGUAGUUUGGUUGAGAGGCUUCGUGUUAGAUCAGCGAGAAGGCCUAUUUAUAAUCUUGAUGAUUCAGAUGACAAUAUUGAUGUUGUUCCUGGGAAGAGUGGGACAACUCAGGAGAAGUUUGAAAAGAUAGUUAGGAGUGAUCCGAAAGAGGAUUCAUGCCAAGCUUGUGGAGAAAAUGGGACUCUACUGUGCUGUGAAACAUGUAAAUAUGCAUAUCAUUCCAAGUGCUUGCUUCGGCCACUUGAAACCUCUAUUCCUGGAGACUGGAGAUGCUCUGAAUGUGUUAGCCCUCUUAAUGAUAUUGAUAAGAUAUUGGAUUAUGAACUGCGCCCUACGUUUGCUGAUGAUAGUGACGGGUCAAAGUUACAUUGCACAUGGGUGCCAGGGAAAGAGUUCCUUAAAGCCUUCAAGACACAUCCACGUCCAAAUACUAAAGUAACCCGUUUCCAUGGUCAAAUCCCAUUGAAUAACAACUCUGAGGAUGACUUUGUUUCGAAAAGACCUGAGUGGACGACUGUUGACCGGGUCAUCGCUUGCAGGGGCUUUAUCAGCAUGCCUCGCGGACUCGCUCUGUUUGGGGUUUUAUUGGAAUUUAUCCUUCUCAUUCUCAGUGGUGUGGUUUCGGGUCUGUCCUGUCCCAACACCAGUUCUGUCGUUGGGUUUGAAUCUGAAUUCAAUAUGGUUCAACACCAACUUAGAGGUUCUCUUAAGGUAAUGGACGAUUGUUCGUUUAGGGUUUCUAAUUUCGAUAUGAUCUCGGGGACGGAGGUCUUCUGGUGGGGUGCAAACGGUUCUGAUUUAAAAAAUCUGACUGCUGGGUUUGUUGUCUCCGAUCAGAAGUUGAAUGAGACCUAUAAGAAUUCCUCCUUUGUUGUGAAUUUGGGGAAGAAUGUGACCUGGGAUGGGAUCCAAGUCCUUGCUGUAUGGGAUCGUCCUACGGCAUCGAAUUUUGGGCAUAUUGUGCUGAAAAACGUGAGUAGUAAUGAGUCACAGUCGGAUGGUAGCGGUUCUGGGACUGGGUUGGGUCGGGGUCAUGUAGAACCCACCAUGUUUGAGAACUGUAAAGUUUUGUCCGACAACUAUAGGGUUAGGUGGACAUUGAACACUGAUGAGAAUUUGAUUGAUAUUGGGUUGGAGGCGGCAACUGGGAUGAUGAAUUACAUGGCAUUUGGGUGGGCAAACCCGAAGUCGAGUUCUAAUCUCAUGCUCGGAGCAGAUGUGGUGGUAACUGGUUUCAUGGAGGAUGGGUUACCAUUUGCAGAUGACUUUUACAUUUCUGAGUAUAGCGAUUGUUUGGUUGACAGCGAUGGUUCUGCUCAUGGGGUUUGUCCUGAUUCAAUUUAUAAAGGGUCGGACAAUACUGCUUCGGUGAAUAAUACAAAGUUGGUUUAUGGGCAUAGGAAGGAUGGGGUUUCGUUCAUACGGUACCAGAGACCUUUGAAAUCAGAUGAUCAGAAGUAUGAUUUACCAGUGAACCAUACAGAAAAUAUGGCGGUCAUUUGGGCAAUGGGGAAGAUAAAGCCGCCUGAUUCCAUCCGGCAGUACUAUCUUCCUCAAAAUCAUGGGGGACCUCGGCUUGUUACUUUUGGGCAUUUGACGUUGAAUAUCUCAGAACAGGUUAAUGACUGUGUGGGCCCUUUGGAUGCAGAAGACAAGGAAGAUCAAGAUGUAGUUACUGCUGAUGGAAAUGCUGAUCUAGUGGUCACUUCCGGCCCAGCAUUGCAUUAUCCGAAUCCUCCACACCCUUCAAAGGUUUUAUACAUUAACAAGAAAGAGGCUCCAGUACUAAGGGUAGAAAGAGGGGUACCGGUAAAAUUUUCAAUACAAGCUGGGCAUGAUGUGGCACUUUACAUUACUUCAGAUCCAAUUGGUGGGAAUGCAACGUUGAGAAAUAUGACUGAGACUGUUUAUGCAGGAGGAGCUGAAGCUGAAGGAGUUCAAGCCAGUCCAACAGAAUUAGUAUGGUUACCAGACAGGAAUACACCUAACCAAGUUUACUAUCAGUCCUUGUUUCAGCAGAAAAUGGGUUGGAGGGUUCAGGUAGUUGAUGGAGGUCUUCCAGAUAUGUAUAAUAACAGUGUUUUCUUGGAUGAUCAGCAAGUUACUUUCUUUUGGACUUUAUCCAAAGAUUCAAUUUCAAUUGCUGCUCGUGCUGAGAAAAAGAGUGGUUAUCUGGCCAUAGGAUUUGGCAGUGAAAUGGUAAACAGCUAUGCUUAUGUGGCUUGGAUUGAUAAUGUUGGCAGUGGGAGAGUGAACACUUAUUGGAUUGAUGGAACUGACGCCUCUAGUGUGCAUCCAACCGAAGAAAAUUUAACUUAUGUGAGUUGCAAGUCAGAAAAUGGCAUUAUUACUUUGGAGUUCACGCGACCUUUAAGACCAUCGUGUGCUCGUAAAAAUGAUCCAGUUUGUAAAAACAUCAUUGAUCCUACUACUCCUCUCAAAGUUAUUUGGGCUAUGGGUGCCGGUUGGACAGAUGGAUCUUUAACAGAGAGGAAUAUGCACUCUGUUAUGAGCAGCAGACCUGUAAGAGUGUUGCUCAUGCGUGGUUCUGCAGAAGCAGAACAGGACUUGCGACCAGUGUUAGCUGUACAUGGAUUCAUGAUGUUUCUUGCUUGGGGUAUUUUGCUUCCUGGUGGAGCAGUUGCAGCAAGAUACUUAAAACAUGUAAAGGGUGAUGGUUGGUACAAGAUUCAUGUUUACUUACAGUACUCGGGUUUGUCAAUUGUCAUGCUUGCCCUUCUCUUUGCUGUGGCUGAGCUUCGAGCUUUCCAUGUUGGUUCAUUACAUGUGAAGUUUGGAAUUAUUGCAAUAUUUCUGGCUUGUGUGCAACCAGUGAAUGCAUUUUUAAGGCCUAAAAAACCAGUUAAUGGUGAAGAGGUAUCCCCAAAAAGGCGUCUCUGGGAGUACUUACAUGUGAAUGUGGGAAGAUCUGCUAUUGUUGCAGGUAUUGCUGCACUUUUCACUGGCAUGAAGCAUUUAGGCGAUAGAUAUGGCGAAAAUGUACAUGGACUCAAUUUAGCUUUAAUAGGGUGGUUCUUGUUUGGAGCAUUGAUGGUCGUGUAUUUAGAGUACGGUGAAAGACGAAAGAGGAGAGAGAGAGUUUCUGGAAGAGGCAGUUGGGUGCUUGGUAACCCUGAAGAAGACGAUUCUCUUGAUCUGUUAAGCCCGAAUGGGAGAUUUGCAGAAAAAGAGUCUCAAAUGUCGGGGAGAAGGGAAGUUCAGCUUGCACCUUUGAACAAAUAGAUAUGGUCGAUGCACACCAUCUUCAUCAAUUUUGGAACUUUUCGCCCUAUCGAGAUUCGAUGGAGGAAAACAUGUCUGUUUUUCGCUCGACAGACUUUCUUUUUCAUGGUCAGAUAAGUUUUUUGUUGCGGUGAUCAUCAUUACUUUUGUCAGCAACCAUUAAUUAGUCUUGAAGAGUAUUAAUCCCCCUCGGUUUAUAGACAUAUAGUUUUGUAUACUUGACACAAUUGUAUCAUUUUCUCUGCAGCCAUGUAGGUUAUAUUAUAGCUUUAGGUAAUCAUACAUGAUUUUGUCAUAUACUACUUUUCAUGCCCUUGACAAUGAGCUGCUCUAGGUAAUAUCUGAGUUCUUUCCCUUCUUCCCCUGUAAAUUAUGCUCAGUGAAAAACUGUAAUUUUAAUCUACUACAUUGGAUUUUAUGACACUAUCUAAUAAUGGCAUUUUCGUUUUAUUA